AUGCGACUGACGGUACAUCGGGGCGAGAAUAUCGGCACCCCAGAGCAAGAAGUGUCUCUGGACACCUAUGUCCGCGUCGUGUAUGAUGGGAAGGAAGUCGGCAUCACUCAGAUCGUCCGACGAGCAGCGAAUCCUGUAUGGGACGCAGAGCUGUGGGUCCCACUGCUUGAGUCAUGGGAUAUGAGCGUGGCUUUUGUGGCAUUCGAUGUCAAGUGCAACGACGACUCCGCACACACCGAGUGCAUUGCGUCUUGCCGCGUGAACUUGUCCCUGAUGCAAGAUGCCAAGGAACCAACACAAGUUAGGUGUCAGUUGAUCCGUGGCUCGACAACGCGGCGUGGAUGGCUGUACAUCAGCAUGCAGAUGGAAGAGUCGGAGAUGGCGUACUUCUCGAAAGCCAAGCGCAUGGACGUCCGCGACGUGCUGCCGCCACACAACGACCGCUUUCACCACCAUUACGCUCCCAUCCCUCGCGUGUGGCAUCCGCUGCACGACUGCAUUGUGCCGUCGAACGAAAAGGUCCUGUACUUGGUCGAAGAAGUGUCGUUGACGUUCCACGUGACCGAAGGCAACCAAGGGGUGCUGGCGCUCAUGGUCGUGACCAACUUCCGCCUUUGGUUCAUUCCGUAUGCCCCCGUGCAGGGCCUCCACCACGAAGACGUGCACACGAUCCCUCUCGGCAAAAUCGCCAAGUUGACGCAGACCCAAUCCAAGCAAAAGCACUUUACCGUGCAUGGCUUGAAUAUGGAAAACAUGGACGCGGCGCUGUACUCUGUGACCCUCAACGCCCGAUGCCGCGCCGGCGACUCGGACGCCAAGCGCGUGCGCAUGCUGACGCAUAUUGUCCACGAGAUCGAGUGGCUACAAAUGGAGAAUAAUUUCUGCGCCUUUACCGACCUAAACAUCGUCGAGUCCCAUCCAGAGGCGAAUGUGACGGCCCAACAUCCUGUCGGAAUAAGUCCCAUGACCAGUCGAUCGAUCUUGUCGACUCUGACGACGGCGGCACCACUACCCACCGGCCCACCUCCCCAGUUGCUACGUUCGUACACGUCAUCAUUCGACCAUUCGUUGGCCCCACCAGCCAGACUCGUGAGUCCCACGGCGACGAGUGCCGCCAACAAGCGACGCAUCCGAUACGACCCCCUGUCCGAGUUUUCUCGUCAAGGUGUAUUUAGCCAUCCCGCGUGGAGACAGACCACAAGCAACGCCCACUACGGCCUCUGUGGGUCGUACCCGAGCUUUGUGCUCGUGCCCACGUCCAUCCCCGACGACGUUCUGGCCGAAGCCGCUCGCUUCCGCUCCAAGCGACGACACCCCGCGCUCACGUGGCUGCACCCUCGCACAGGCGCGCCGCUGUGUCGGAGCAGCCAGCCCAAGUCGGGCGUCCUGCGCACAAGCAGCAAGGAGGACCGCGACCUCCUCUGGGCCAUCCGCGACGCCGCGUACCCCGUGGACGGCCGGUCCAAACCGUCCACGUUGGUGCACAUUGUCGACUGCCGACCCGAGAUCAACGCCAAGUCGAACGCCCUCGCCGGCAAAGGCCACGAGUCCGCCAAGCACUAUGACCGAGACGGCAUCCCCUGUGCAUCGAUUGCAUUCAUGGGUAUUGACAACAUUCAUGUCGUGCGCGCUUCCUUCAACCAGCUCAGCCAAGCGCUGUACCAAGUGGACGACGCCACGUUCCACAGCACGUUGCAGAAAAGCCGUUGGCUGGAGCAUAUCAACAGCAUUUUGGCGGGGGCGGUCGAAGUGGCGUCGCACUUGGAGCGGGGGGACGCCGUGCUGGUGCACUGCAGCGACGGAUGGGACCGUACCGCCCAGCUGUGCGCGCUGGCGCAGCUGAUGCUGGACCCGUACUUCCGGACGCUGGAAGGCUUUGCGAUGCUCGUGGAGAAGGACUGGUGCAGUUUUGGCCACAACUUUGCCAAACGGUGCGGGUUUCCCAUCUCAGACGACACGUCGCCCGUGUUUCAGCAGUUCCUGGACGCCGUGUACCAGCUGACACUGCAGUUUCCAACGUACUUUCAGUUCAACGAGAUGUUUCUGUCGACUGUGGCCGACGCUGUCUACUCGUCGUGGUACGGCACGUUUCAAAAGAACUGCGAGGCGGACCGCGCGGCAUUUCUUUGCGCCGUGCCGACAAUCAGCGUAUGGGACUCUAUCCGCGCCUCCACCGACAUGUACCGGAAUCCGCUGUACAACACGGACACGGACGACGCGAUGGUGCCCGUGUGCCGCGUCCGGCUCAUGCAGCUGUGGACCAGUCAGCACCAGAAAGCCAUCAGCCACAUGCGGCUGCAGCAGCGCGAGGUGGAAAUGCUGGCGUUGAUCCGGCAACAAGAGCGCGACUUGGCUCGGCUGCGCGACAUGCUGUCCCCCGAGCAGCACGUCGAGGUCAAGAACGCCCAGCUGCGCUCCGAGAUACAGCGACUCGCGCGGAAGAUUGCCAUCCACCACGAGCCCCGCCUUCCUCUUUCAAGUCUGUCGUCGACGCCGAGCACCACACCUGACAAGGCCAAACUGCUGCGCCGACUCACGUCCAACGUAGCUAGCCCCACACAUAGCAACACCCCGCACCAGGACGCGUCGUCGCCUUCGUUAGGCCCGCCGCCCUUGCAACCAGUCGAUUUGCUUCGAACGCGCAGCGGAAGCGGGCGUAUGAAGCAGAAUCUGACGGCGCUCUUGACCGGCCGACCCCACGUGUCCGACCUCACGACGCUCCGCUCGGAAUACCAAGACCUGACGAGGCAACUGGAAGCCAUGCGCACGAUCGCCGUGUCGUUGGACGAGGACGCACACGCGACGAUGCAGCAGUACGUUCCCCCCUGACCAUAGAAAUAUAUAUAUACCUAUAUUGGAACGAAUAUGGGUAUAGAUUGCGCUUUCAAAACUUCAACACGCCAUUGGAAGAAGUGACGAUUGGCCACGAAUAUGCCAGACCAGACGAGGGCCCGUUCAUGCUGCCGUCGCCGUUGUCGUCGGUCCCGACGACGGCCCACAACAAUGCGGCAAUGGUGUCUGCGACACUGUCCAAUUCGUACUCGAACGCCAUCCGCAACAUCAGCCUCUUGGCCAUGACCGACUUCAACCAGACGACGAAAGGACCCCGCCUGCAUUCUGCGACAACGUCGCGAGGCGGUAACUCAAACGUACAGCCCGUGUGGGAGUCGGACAAGGAUGCCGCGUGCUGCAAACAGUGCAAGAAAAAGUUCAUUGCCGUCGUGCGCAACCGCCACCACUGCCGGUGCUGCGGCUACGUGUUUUGUGGCAAGUGUACGAGCCAUCGCAUGUCGCUGCCCGAGUUUGGGUACUUUGAACUGGUCCGCGUGUGCCGCGUGUGCUUUAACUCUGGGAGUGGCUCGGACGAGUAUUUGCACGACGACUAGAUACAAUGUAGGGCGACUACUACACCGGCAG